AUGGCAUUACGUCCUAGCCUCACUUCAAAAGCUGCCCACAAAUUCCCAUAUGCCCUUGAAGUCCUCCCCUCAACACUAGCCACCCAAUGGAACUCUCCAGCCUUCGCCCCCUAUCGGGACGCCUUCCCACCCUCCCACCGCAGCACCCCCGCCGCACUCCUCGCCCACGUCCGGGACCUCAUGUCCCAGGACCUCAAGAUCCCCUACCUUAAAUCGCUCCAAGGCUAUCUCUGGCUCACAGGUUACGAGAGCGGCGCGCUCCGCUGCCCACUCUUCCCAGACGUUCAACCCUCCAUGUCAGCAUGGUACAAAGCCGGCAUCGCGAUCGUGAUCUACUCUUCAGGCUCGGUUCCGGCUCAGAAGCUACUGUUCCAGUACACAAACUCAGAACCAGAGCCAGAUUUGAGGCCACUGAUUAGUGGGUAUUUCGAUACGGUUAGUGCGGGGUUGAAGACGGAGAAGGCGAGUUAUGAGAAGAUUGCUGGGACGAGAGGGGAGCGGAUUGGGAAGUGGCUAUUUUUGAGUGAUAAUGUUAGAGAGGUUGAUUCUGCGAGGGAGGCAGGUAUGCAGGGUUUUGUUGUGGUGAGGGAGGGGAAUGCUGAUUUGAGCGAAGAGGAGAGAGAGGGGAAUACGUUAGUGGGGAAUUUCGAGGAAAUCAAGCUCAAGGGGAGAUUAUAA